AUGAAGCAAGAGAUCAAUGGACUGCAGCGAGGGCUCCGUCAGCUUCAGCUAGAGAUUGAUAGAGAAGAAGAGGAGUUUAAGGAGAUUGUAAUCAAGAUCAACACCACACGCGAAGGACCGCACCGCAAGUUGCUCAGAGAAUUAGGUGAUUCAACCACCGUGGUUCAAAUGUCACUGCAUGAUCUGAACGAAGCUCUUGAGACCAUGUCCGAGCUCGAGACAGACUUUAGUCCCGAAGUCGGCUUAUCAUUGCCGAUGUACUACGCUUUCUACUAUCAGCCGUUAUUCCGACGUUUCGGUCCCCUAAACUUGGACCCGGAGGUCUAUUCUCGCACAGAGAUGAACGGAUGGAUUCAUUGA